UUCAUGCCCUUAGUACGCCUCUCGUACCUUGACUCCGGUUGUCCUCGUGAGCCCCGUUUGUGCUCAGUAUCCUGUGCACACGCCUUGCAAGUAACCACGCCAUGAGUUUGACUUCCAAUUCCAGCAUACGAGUUGAAUGGAUUGCAGCAGUUACCAUUGCUGCUGGAACAGCUGCAAUUGGUUAUCUAGCAUACAAAAGAUUUUAUAUUAAAGAUCAUCGCAACAAAGCUAUGGUAAACCUUCACAUCCAGAAAGACAACCCCAAGGUAGUGCAUGCUUUUGACAUGGAGGAUUUGGGAGAUAAAGCUGUGUACUGCCGUUGUUGGAGGUCCAAAAAGUUUCCACUCUGUGAUGGGUCUCACACAAAACACAAUGAGGAAACUUGAGACAACGUGGGACCUCUGAUCAUUAAGAAAAAAGAAACUUAAAUGGACAAUUUUGAUGCUGCAAACUACAUUGUCAUAAUGUUACCUGAUUGUUUAAUUAGAAUGAAUAGCACUUCUGUGUGAUUCACAUCCCCGAGAUACUAGAUGUGAUAUAUUGCAAACUGCAGCUUUCAUAUUCAUGGCAUUUGCCUUACUUGUUGAAACAUCAUGGUGCACAUUUGUUUAAACAAAGAAAAAACAAAAAAAAAAAAAAAGGAAAAAGGAAAAACCAACCUCAUGGCCUGUGGGUUAUUUUGGUCUUGUAAGGAACCAUUUCUUUAAAUUUAAAAUGAUGACAUUAGAAUAUAGUUGAAUG